AUGGCUUCCACCCAGUCGGCGCCAAAUAUGGCGUCAGCCAAUGGCACCAAUGCGGCCCAGGGCGCGAACCCAUUACAGAACUUGAAUGGUGAUCAAGUGAAGGAUAUUCUUCACAAACUCCGCCAGAUGAAAACGCAGAUGGACGCCAAGGGAAUUCGAGUUGACGACCUCCCAAGCGAUAAAAAGGAAACUUACAAAUACUUCCUUUCUGUCUACGUACAGGUCAUGGCUUACCAACAAAAAAAGGCUGCUGCCGCUAAUGGUGCUCAGGGUCAAAAUGCCUCGACGCCGUCUAGCGCUGGAUCACAGCAAGCUCAGCCCCAAUCCACUGCCCAGAAAGGUGCAACGAUCGGAAAUGGGCCAUGGUCAAAAGCUCAAUAUGAUCUGUACCGACACCAACAACUUUUGCACGAGAAAGCAAAAAACAACCAACCCCUCACAGCAGCUGAUAUGCAGAGCCUGCAGGAAUAUACAUCGGUAGUCGCCCCUUCACGCCCGAAGAUGGUUGCAGCGGCAGAGAAGAUUGUUAGUGAGGUUGAGAAAGGAUCAGUCGAACCAGUUGCGAGCAAUGGAGAUGCUACUCCUGAGAAAACAUGGUACAACAAUCUCGAGCAACCCGAAAUCCUGCACCAGCAAAUCAACUACCACAAAUAUCGCAUUCGCAGGAAUCGUCCCACCAUCCCAGCUUCUUGGCCUUAUGGCCUUGACAUGACAGAGAUCCGUGCGCGUCGCUAUGAUGUUUUGAUUCAUGCGAUGGGUCGCCGACGUGAGCAACUUGCUGAACAGUCGUCUGCCAUCGGUGUUUGGGACACUGCUAAGAAUGACACUCCGACCCGUGACGACUCAUUGAAGAUUCGAAUCUUCAACGAGCUUUCCGCAUUGGACAAGUAUGCCAAGCAACAGCGACUUCGGGACACUAUCUCCCGAGAGAUGUUCCAAUAUAGCCAAGGCAUGACUGCCAACCGUUCCAUUCACCGCCGUCUGAAGAAGCCUACGCUACGUGAAGCUCGAGUCACCGAGAGUCUCGAGAAGCAACAGCGGGAUGCCCGCGAGACUCGGGAGAAGCAGAAACAGUUCGCUCAGCUUAAAGCUAUUAUGGCCCACACUGCCGAGCUCAUGAACAACUCAGCUCAGACCCGCGCCCGAUCUCAGAAACUGGGUCGUAUGAUGGUUCAGCAUCACCAGCAUAUGGAACGUGAAGAGCAGCGUCGUGUGGAACGUACCGCCAAGCAACGUCUCCAAGCUUUGAAAGCCAACGAUGAGGAAACCUACCUGAAGCUGCUUGGACAGGCAAAGGAUUCUCGUAUUACGCACUUGCUGAACCAGACCGACAAGUUCUUGAAAGAGCUCGCUGCGUCAGUCAGACGGCAGCAGCGUAACCAGGCUGAGCGGUACGGUGAAGAUGACGAGAUGGAUGAGGAAGAGGAUGAAGACGAAGAGAUCGCCAACAGUGAGAUUGACGAGGCUGAUCAAGAUCCCAACAAGAAGACAAUCGAUUACUAUGCUGUGGCCCACCGCAUCAAGGAGACGGUUACAGAACAGCCGAGUAUUCUUGUUGGUGGUACUCUGAAGGAGUAUCAGUUGAAGGGUCUCCAGUGGAUGAUUUCGCUGUACAACAACAACUUGAACGGUAUCUUGGCAGACGAGAUGGGUCUUGGAAAAACUAUUCAGACCAUCAGUUUGAUCACCCACAUCAUUGAAAAGAAGAGAAAUAACGGUCCCUUCCUGGUCAUUGUGCCUCUCAGUACACUCACCAACUGGAACAUCGAAUUUGACAAGUGGGCUCCCUCCGUUGCCAAGGUGGUUUACAAGGGACCUCCGAAUGCACGAAAGCAGCAGCAACAGCAGAUUCGCUGGGGUAACUUCCAGGUUCUGCUGACGACUUAUGAAUACAUCAUCAAGGACCGACCUAUUCUUAGUAAGAUCAAGUGGACUCACAUGAUUGUUGAUGAGGGUCACCGUAUGAAGAACGCCAAUUCCAAGCUGAGCAGCACUCUAUCAUCGUACUACACCAGCAGAUAUCGUCUGAUUUUGACUGGUACCCCGCUGCAAAACAACUUGCCUGAACUUUGGGCUCUUUUGAACUUUGUUCUCCCUAAUAUCUUCAAGUCUGUGAAGUCGUUCGACGAAUGGUUCAACACACCGUUUGCCAACACUGGUGGCCAAGAUCGUAUGGACCUGAGCGAAGAAGAGCAGUUGCUUGUGAUUCGUCGUUUGCACAAGGUUCUUCGCCCAUUCCUGCUCCGUCGCCUGAAGAAAGAUGUCGAAAAGGAUCUGCCCGACAAGCAAGAGCGUGUUGUCAAGUGUCGGUUCUCCGCCUUGCAGGCCAAGCUGUACAAGCAGCUUGUCACUACCAACAAAAUCGCUGUCGGUGACGGCAAGGGUGGAAAGACUGGCAUGCGUGGUCUCAGCAACAUGCUUAUGCAGCUGCGGAAGCUUUGCAACCAUCCCUUCGUCUUUGAGCCUGUUGAGGACCAGAUGAACCCUACUCGCAUGACCAACGACCUUCUUUGGCGAACGGCCGGUAAAUUUGAACUGCUUGAUCGUAUCCUGCCCAAGUUCCGUGCCACUGGUCACCGUGUCUUGAUGUUCUUCCAGAUGACCCAGAUCAUGAAUAUUAUGGAAGAUUUUCUUCGCAUGCGUGGUCUCAAGUACCUUCGUCUGGAUGGUUCCACAAAGUCCGACGAUCGAUCCGAUCUCCUGAAGGUCUUCAACGACCCUGGCUCCGAUUACUUCUGCUUCUUGCUCUCCACCCGUGCUGGUGGUCUUGGUUUGAAUUUGCAGACUGCUGACACUGUCAUCAUUUACGAUUCUGAUUGGAAUCCUCACCAGGAUUUGCAAGCCCAAGAUCGUGCUCACCGUAUCGGUCAGAAGAACGAGGUUCGGAUUUUGCGACUUAUCAGUUCAAACUCCGUUGAGGAGAAGAUUCUGGAGCGCGCCCAGUUCAAGCUUGACAUGGACGGCAAGGUUAUCCAAGCCGGAAAAUUCGAUAACAAGUCCACCAAUGAGGAGCGUGACGCCCUUCUUCGAACCCUUCUGGAUACUGCAGAAGCUGCUGAUCAAAUCGGUGAACAAGAGGAAAUGGAUGAUGAGGACCUGAACGAAAUCAUGGCUCGUUCUGAAGGCGAGAUCGAGAUCUUCCGGCAAAUGGAUCGGGAACGAGAGCUCAAUGACAAGUACGGCCCUGGAAAGCGCUACCCCCGUCUUAUGUGCGAGGAAGAGUUGCCGGAUAUCUAUCUGCAGGAGGAUAACCCCGUCACUGAGGAAGUUGAGGCGGAGGUUUAUGGUCGCGGUGCUCGUGAACGCAAGGUCACCCGAUACGACGAUGGCCUGUCUGAGCAGCAAUUCCUGGAUGCUAUGGAAGGUCUGGAAGAAGGAAGACUCACCUUGGAGCAAGUUAUCGAGAAAAAUGAGCGCCGUGCUGCUGAACGUGCGGCUAGAAAAGACAAGAAGCACAAGAAGGCACAAGGUGCCGAUUCUUCACCAGAACCCGAACCAUCCAUUAUUGAUGAAGAUGAAGAAGAAACUCCCCAGCGGAAGCAGGGUCGUCGCCGCGGUCCUCCACCAAAGCGCAAGGCCGAGGAAGCCAUUGAAGAAAACCCCCAACCCAAGCGCAAGAGAGGCCGUCAGCCCAAGGUUCCCGAAACCUUGAGUAGUGCCGAUCGUGCCACUUUGACCCGAAUCGUUAGCAGCACCAUUCAGGCGCUGAAGGAUAUGGAGCAGGAGAUCCCGGCCGAGGGCUCUGAAAGCGAGGAUGGCCCUCUUUUGCGUGCCAUCAUCGAGCCUUUUAUGAAGAUCCCGCCGCGCUCACAGUAUCCCGACUACUACAUGAUUAUCAAGAACCCCAUCGCGAUAGAAAACAUCGAGCGAAAGUUGAAGCGCGAUGAUUACCAAAGCUUGAAAGAGUUCCGGGAUGACGUCCACCUGCUCUGCCAGAAUGCUCGGACCUACAACGAGGAUGGCAGCGUCUUGUUCCAGGAUGCGAAUGAUAUCGAGGCUAAAUGUUUGUCGGAACUAAGAAGACAGACUGAGGGCUACCCCCAGUUUGCCAACUUUGACGAACCUGGUUCCAUUGGUGACGGCCAGUCAACCGGCGCCGACACCCCGUUGACUGCUGGUACCCCCGGAGCGCAACCUAAGCUCAAGCUUACCUUCAACAACUCCAACUUUGACAGUGCCAACGGCACUGAUUUCAGUCUUGACGAGGAGUAA